AUGGCGGUGCCAGCCACACGUAGAUUCCCCCACCGGAGCCCGACAGCGCUCCUGCUUCCACUCGCGGUGCUGACGCUUGCCGCCGUCUCUGAAUCCGCAAGAUUAGCAUCUCCUCGUGCUGCACUGGAAAGCCGCGACGGGCGAGAGGCUGCGAGCGGCGGUGCUAGCGGUGCUGGCAAUGCUGCGGACGGCCCUCC